AUGAGUCUUGUUUUUGCUGUUGAAAUCGAACUUAAAAAACUUAUUAUCAAAGCAGAUUAUAUAUUCGAUCCACAACUAUCAAUUACUGUUGCUGAUAAUGAGCCAACAGCUUUUCCAUGGGAACCAGACAAAGAUGAACUUGAAAACACAUCCUGGGACAUUAAAAAGACAUAUCAAAUUAUGAUUUCAACAGACUUAUUUAACGCAAUCAAAUCUUGGCCUGUUUCUUUCAACAUUGGAAUGAAAAAAGAUUCUGUUAUUUUAGGAACGACAAAAUACGAAUUUAAACCAAUGCUUGCUUCUGCACUAAUCUUAAUAGGUAGAAGUAAGUCAAAAGAUAUUGAAGCCAUCAUGAGAGACUCAAAUAGAAAAGAAGUUGCAAGAUUAUAUUUAACAGCAACAGUUGAAUACUUCCCUGGUAACGAGCAUUCUAAAACGGUUGAAAUCAUUGCCUCACAGCCACUUAUUCCACCUCCAAAUGAAAAAGUUUUCACUCCAAAGCUCGAAGACACACAAUUGCAUCAAUCUUCUGGAAUCGAAGACUCAGAAGUAUCUAUAUUAUCAUCUUCUUCAAGUAUUUCUACUCAUCAUAAUGAAUCUGAAUCAGAUAAAAGUCUUCUUCAAGGCCACUCAACAUUUAAGACAGCUAGUGAAGCAAAUAAGUCUAAGAUGAAUACUAUGCAGAAAGAAUCUACAUUUACUACAACUACGACCACUUCAAAAGGAAUAUCCAAAUAUUCAUCUACAAUAUCGUUUAAAAAGACAGGAUUUACUGAUGAUUUUGAAGAGAUCUAA